AACACUGUUGGGUAGACAUGCAGCGCGCACUGCAGCAGUGACUGACUGACUAUUGGAAAAUAUAAUAACACAAAAAUAGUACUGAAGAAAACGUCCUCUUGUUUUGUCAAAUGUUUAAUGGCGGUAAACAGCCUCAACAAAAACUAAAUCACGGCUACUGACAUCAAGAUAAAGAAUUAUGGAGGAUUCCUGUCUGGUCCGAUGUGACAGCCUGGAUGCUGGGUCAGGGAGGGACAGGGAGUUGAUGACCUCCAUCCACCAUAUGACCCUUGACCCUGAGGGUUCUGAGCCCACCGCAAACCUCGAGCCUUCGCCAGCAGAACUGGCUCAGUGUGAGGCUGACGUGGGCACGUUGCUUAGCAUCAUUGCUGAACUGAACAAGAAGAUGGGGUCAUUAAAGGCACCAAGUGAAGCAGGGGACCUGAGACCACCAGGACCAUCCAGGCCUCUAGUUCCAGACCUCCUGUCCCACAGGGCGGCCAGAAGCAGCCAAGAGAGGAAGACUGCCUCUGCUGCCAUGUCUAAACCUCAACUAACUGACAGAGGGGGCGAUGGUGUAGUGUGGACCAAACUCCAGGAGGUUUUAACAUCAGUAGAGGACUCUGUCAGCUGUAAAAGGUCCUGGGCUGCCCCCAUCACAGCUUCUGAUCAGGACAAGCACAGAGAGCAUCUGAGAGCAGCCCAGGAGAGCUGGGUUAAGGCCACUCAGAUAUUGGAGGAGAUGGAAAUAGAGUUUGGGAUUUCAUGCCCACCAGGCCUGCCAAAGAACCAGUAUCCGGAGGCCAAACUGGAUCUGGAGAAGAGAGACUCUGCUCUCAGAAGCACCUUUCAGAGUCACCAGGAGGAGCUGGAGAGAGCACAAAGCACUGUCAGCCAGAUGGAGGAGGAGAAGAACAAGCUGGUUGGUCUCCAUAAGGCUUGGAGGUCAGGAAAUUGCUCUCCUUCCUAUCGGCCCACUGCAGGGGCUCUUACUCCUGACCGGGCUUCUCCUCCCUUCCCUCGUUCACCGUUACUCUACAGAAGAGCAGCCAGAGCUGUAACACCUCUGUCUGUGGGUGAGGAUAGUUCUCCAGUAGCCUCUGGUAACUCAUGUAGUCCUUGUCGCAGCCCCAUCAGUCUGGAGUCUGAGACAGAGCGACUGAACAGGUGCAUUGAGCGGCUGAGGGCCAGAAAUGAACGGCUGACUGCAGCUCUGGAGCGAACGAAGGGAGAGUCCGAACAGAUCAGUAUUACACUACACAGACUUGAAGCUAACUGCUCUGCCCUGCAGAUGGCUCUCAGCUACUGUGAGGAGUGUGAAGAGGCCUACAGCGAGCUGCUGUCACUUUAUGAUGCCAAGAAGCAGCAUAGCAUUCCUCUGCAGACAGACUCAGCAGAGGCGGUCGGUGACAGCCAGCAGCCAGACAGUCAAUCAGCUCAGCUCAUAAAAAUGGGAACUGAAGAGCUGUCCACCUCCUUCUCAACAGCAGGAGUCACAGAGGGGACGGAAACACAGAGUCACACAGGGCACAGGUCAGGUCACUCACUUUCUGUAACCCACAGGACACCUGAGCUGGUGGGGCGAGAGGCUGUUCUCCGUCAGCAAAUAGAGCGCCUGAAGAGGGAGAGGGCGGCCAUUUGUCUUCCCAAACCGAGUCCAGGAGUUGAGGGGAAAAUGAGCCCCGAAACUGGUCACCUGGACGGAUCAAGAGGGGGACAUGUGACUAAAGAUAAUGCCAAACCUCCUGAUACAAAAAAAGAGAAGGCUUCCCUCUUCUAUGAACUCAUCUCUGUCAGGGAGGAGAUGUCAGAUCUGCGAGCUCUAAUCCGACUCAAGGAGAAAGAGCUGAGGUGUUUGGAGUGGGGUUUUAUGGCCCAGAAGGCCCAGGAAUCAGCUGGAGCUUUCGCGCCAGAAAGCCUCAGAGAAGAGAUGGAGGAUCGUAAGACCGAACAACAGAAGCUCUGUGAAACUGUGGCUGAACUGGGUAGUGAUGGGGACAUCGCUGAUCCUAGAACCAGACCCAUUCUGAAAGAGCUGCAGGCCGUCCUGCAAAGGGAACAAGCCCUUAAGAAGAGACUGGCUUUUGUCCAAGACUCACUUAACACAGCUCUGUCAGACAGCACCCCGCACAGGAGGGACAACGAAGAGCAGAUUGCUCGGCUCACGCAAGCUCACAGUAAAGCCUUGAGUUCGUACCGGCAGAUUCGCAGGAAGUACCGGGAGCAAGUGUGGAGGCUGGAGCAGAAAGUGGCAGCCAUGACAGGGAGUCACCACCACCAGAGUGGAGCUCAGAAAGCUGCAGGGGAAGCCUUGGAGUGGAGGAGGGAAGAGACUGUUCUGUGAUCCUGUGACUCUUCAUUCAGAGAAUCAGCCUCAUUCGUGUCAAGUUUAUCCACAUAGACUACAAUGGACUGCCCUCUUAAAUCCAAGUCCCUCAUAAUAUGUUGUACAUCAUUCAGAUAGAAGCCUCAUCGCUGCAGAAUCUUUUAGCCAUGCUAGCAGAUUGGCUAUAUGAUUAGCAAUGUUGGCCCACCACUUUGGUCAAGACUGUAUAUAAUUAGUUGAAUGGAUUGAAUGGAAUUUUGAUCAGAUGUCCAUAGUGCCCAGAUGAUCAUUUCUACUGACGUUGGUGAUCCCCUGACUUUUCCUCUAGUGCCAAAGUGAGGUUGAUAUUUGUGGUUUUGAGUGAAAUGUCCCAACAACUAUUAGAUGGCUUGCCAUGAAUUUUGGUGCACACAUGAUGUCCUAUUCAAGAUGAACGUUGGGGAUCCCUUUACUUCAUAUAAAAAUCCACAUAUUGCUGGUUAGCAAAUAUUACCAUGUUAAAAUACUACACUAAGAACAUUGUCAACCUAUCACUGAUAUCUACAGCCGUUCGUCAUCCAUUGGCUCUAGAGAGGUAAAUAUAGAGUAGGGAAGUAGUUGAACAUGGAAAACAUUGUCAGUUCUGCCUUUUCAACCCUUUUGAGCGUCACCAAUAAACUGAACAGGAAUCCAAAGCCUAACUUUUCUAACAGGACUCACACAUCACAAGACACAUUUCUUAUGUCUGAGAAACAGCUGUCAUGAAUGUGAGAGGCAGGUUCAAGGACUGAACCCUCUGAGGAUCUUGGGACUGACCUCGAAAGCGCACGUCCUUUUUCCCGUUCGUGCAAGCUGAGUGUAUAAAGUCACUGCCGGCCUGCCGUGCACUCACAAAGCUCAGAGAAGGGGGAUGGGGACCAGGACAAUAGCUGAUGUGUACACAAAAUGUAUGGCCAGCCCAUUUGUCUUCUUAGCACUUUCAUAGUUCUCCCCAUCUUGCUUUCUCUGCCUUUCAAUAUUUCCACUUCUCUACAAUGGUUUAUUUGAAGCCAACUAUGACGAUUUGUGACAAGAAAUUUCUGUAAAGCUGAUCCUCUUGAAAAAAGACAUUAUUAGCAUAGUUUUGUCAGUUUUGAGCACUCCACAAACUCCAAAUGAACGGUUUAAAAAAAGGAUUGAAAUAAAUGCAGCAUAGCCAUAUAAAGAUAUGAUCUUUUUCAUCUUUAUCCAUUCAUCUCUUCUGCCUUGUCAAAACCUGGUGCGACAUUACCCACAAUGCAAAUCAACCGUUAACAGAUUGGUCAGACAUUAGGGUGUGUUAUGCUAGCUGAGCAGCUAAUGUAACAUUGCACCGUUAGCCUUUAGCAGAGACAGAAAUUGGGUAAAAGUGGAUAAUUUACAUGCAACAAUAUUUUUAUUAAAAAUAAUGUUUUAUCAAUUAACGGUUUAAAUAUGUAAUAAUUGGAAAUAAUAAUGUAUAGCCUUUGUAUAUAUGUCUAAGUUGUACUCUUUGUUCUAUAUUAUGUUGUUUUUGUGCUAUACUGAUACUUAAUGUUCCCAGAUUUGAAAACCCAAUAAAAAUACAAUCC